AUGCCCGCGCCGCCGCCCUCGCCCACGGCGCCCACGCCCUCCCCGUCCUCGUCCUCGGACGACGACGACGACGACGACGACUCGUACUCGGGGACGGGGUCGCGCACCUCCGCGUCCUCCGGGGACGUGUGGCCCUCGUCCGAGUCCUCGGGCUCUAUCCUCCCUGCACCCACCCAACCGGUGUGGGAUCGGGAUGAAGAACGUUCCAAGAUAAAGUUGCCUUCAACUGCGUUGGUACUUGCAAGUCCAACUGCACCACCGUACGGACAAAGAAGAGGAUGGGUUCCUCGAUCAUUAGAGGAUUUUGGAGAUGGCGGAGCCUUCCCCGAAAUCCAUGUUGCACAGUACCCUCUAAAUAUGGGUCGAGAAGGAAAAGAAAGCACAUCAAAUGCCUUAGCUGUGCAGUUAGAUGCUCAGGGAAAAAUCAAAUAUGAUGUUCUUGCUCGUCAAGGUCACUCUAAAGAUAAAAUAAUCUACUCAAAACUUUCUGACUUACUACCAGCAGAAGUAGUUGCAGAGGAUGAUCCCAGUUUAGAAAGACCUGAUGAUGAUGAACUAAAAGAAAUCACAGAAAAGACUAAAGCAGCUCUAGAACUAUUGACACAUACCAAAAUUGCUGCUGCUAUGCCUGUGAGAUGUGCAGAGAAGACGGGACCGGCUCAGUAUAUACGUUACACACCGUCGCAACAGGGUGCUGCUUUUAACUCUGGAGCAAAACAGAGAGUUAUUCGAAUGGUAGAAGCUCAGCGAGAUCCUAUUGAACCACCUAAAUUCAAAAUCAAUAAAAAAAUUCCUCGAGGUCCACCAUCACCACCAGCUCCAGUUAUGCAUUCCCCAACUCGUAAAGUUACUGUGAAGGAACAAAAAGAGUGGAAGAUACCUCCCUGUAUAUCAAACUGGAAAAAUGCAAAGGGAUACACAAUACCUUUGGAUAAGCGUCUUGCAGCUGAUGGCAGAGGCUUGCAACAAGUUCAUAUUAAUGAAAAUUUUGCAAAACUUGCAGAAGCCUUAUAUAUAGCUGACAGAAAGGCUCGUGAAGCUGUAGAGAUGCGUGCCCAGUUGGAGAAGAAACUGGCACAAAAAGAGAAGGAAAAGAAAGAGGAGCAUUUGCGUCAGUUGGCGCAAAAGGCUCGAGAAGAAAGAGCUGGAAUCAGGACUGCAGCAGCUGCAGAGAAAGAUGAGGAAGCCAGGGAACGUGACCAGAUGCGGUAUGAACGACACAAGGAUCGGCAGAGGGAGAGAAACAUAGCUCGUGCUGCUCCUGACAAGAGGUCUAAACUGCAGCGAGAUCGAGAACGUGAUAUUAGUGAACAGAUUGCUUUGGGCCUGCCAGCUAAGAACAUAAGUGGAGGAGAAGUACAGUUUGACCAGCGUCUAUUCAAUACUUCCAAAGGAAUGGACAGUGGGUAUGCUGACGAAGAAGCUUACAACGUGUACGACAAACCCUGGCGUGAGAGUGGCACUCUUGGAUCUCACAUCUACCGCCCCAGUCGCAACCUUGACAAGGAUGUGUAUGGUGAUGAUCUGGACAAACUCAUCAAAACAAACAGGUUUGUUCCUGACAAGGAGUUCAGUGGAACUGACAGAAAUGCUACCAGAAGUGGGCCUGUUCAAUUUGAGAAGGAAGAGGAGGAUCCUUUCGGUCUGGAUCAAUUCUUGACUCAGGCCAAGCGUGCUAGCAAGCGACCGAAAGAUGACAGAGAUCGCAGAGGUGAAGACAGAGAUAAGCGCAAGCGAAGAGAUUAAGGCUACAGCCAUUUGCUGUCAUCUGGGUGUGUCGGGAUGUGUCAAUUCACUUCCCUGCUUUAGGUUUAUACUUCAUCAGUGGAUUUAGAAUCCACCAUAUGCAUUCAAAAAUUAUGCUGUAAUGCAUCUGCAAAUACAUCUAUUAAGUUUUAUUUGCAUUAGGGUAUGUCAAUGAUUUUCAAUACAGUGUUGAAAUACUGAGAGUUUGACUUGAAGCAAUAGAAUUCAGGUACAUUACUGUUGACCAAAUUUUGAUAGUGCAUUUUUGUAAUUAUCAAAUGUAUGGAGUGAAUUUUUUUUGUGAGGGUUAAUGCGUAAUUGUGUGUACAUUAUUAAUUAAAAUGGAGCAUGAUAAUGUAUAAUGGAAAUUAAAUAAAUACAUUUAUUACUUCAUGA